AUGGGUCGGGGGCUGCUCCGGGGCCUGUGGCCGCUGCACAUCGUCCUGUGGACGCGCAUCGCCAGCACGAUCCCUCCGCACGUCCAGAAGUCGGUUAAUAAUGAUGUGAUGAUCACCGAAAACAAUGGUGCACUCAAGAUUCCACAAUUGUGUAAAUUCUGUGAUGUGAGAUCUUCCACCUGUGACAACCAGAAAUUAUGCAGGAGCAAUUGCAGUAUCACAUCCAUCUGUGAGAAGCCCAACGAAGUCUGUGUAGCUGUCUGGAGGAAAAAUGAUGAGAACAUAACACUAGAGACGGUCUGCCAUGACCCUGAGCUCCUCUACCAUGGAUUUGUUCUUGAGGACGCCACUUCUCCCAAGUGUAUCAUGAAAGAGAAGAAAAUGGAUGGCGAGACUUUCUUCAUGUGUUCCUGUAACACAGAAGAGUGCAAUGACAACAUCAUCUUUUCAGAGGAAUAUUCCACCAGCAACCCUGACUUACUGUUAGUCAUAUUCCAAGUGACAGGCGUCAGCCUCCUGCCACCGCUGAUCAUCGCCAUCACCGUCAUCAUCAUCUUCUACUGCUACCGUGUCCACCGGAAGCAGAAGCUGACCCCGUCCUGGGAGACCAGCAAGCCACGGAAGCUCAUGGACCUCAGUGAGCGCCUGGCCAUUAUUAUAGAAGACGACCGCUCUGACAUCAGCUCCACAUGUGCCAAUAACAUCAACCACAACACAGAACUUCUGCCCAUCGAGCUGGACACCCUGGUGGGGAAAGGGCGCUUCGCCGAGGUCUACAAGGCCAAGCUGAAGCAGAACACUUCAGAGCAGUUCGAGACUGUGGCUGUCAAGAUCUUCCCUUACGAGGAGUAUGCCUCCUGGAAGAUGGAGAAGGACAUCUUCUCAGACAUCAACCUGAAGCACGAGAACAUCCUCCAGUUCCUGACAGCCGAGGAGCGGAAGACAGAGUUGGGGAAGCAGUACUGGCUGAUCACUGCUUUCCAUGCCAAGGGCAACCUACAGGAGUAUCUCACGAGACACGUCAUCAGCUGGGAGGACCUGUGCAAGCUGGGCAGCUCCCUGGCCAGGGGCAUAGCUCACCUGCACAGCGACCACACCCUGUGUGGGAGGCCCAAGAUGCCCAUCGUGCACAGGGACCUCAAGAGCUCCAAUAUCCUGGUGAAGAACGACCUGACCUGCUGCCUCUGUGACUUUGGGCUUUCCCUGCGUCUGGACCCCACUCUGUCUGUGGAUGACUUGGCCAACAGUGGGCAGGUGGGAACUGCAAGAUACAUGGCCCCAGAAGUCUUAGAGUCCAGGAUGAACUUGGAGAAUGUCGAGUCCUUCAAGCAGACAGACGUAUACUCCAUGGCUCUGGUGCUCUGGGAGAUGACGUCUCGCUGCAAUGCUGUGGGAGAAGUGAAAGAGUAUGAGCCUCCAUUUGGUUCCAAGGUGCGGGAGCAUCCCUGUGUCGAAAGCAUGAAGGACAAUGUGCUGAGAGAUCGGGGACGACCAGAAAUUCCCAGCUCCUGGCUCAGCCACCAGGGCAUCCAGAUGGUGUGUGAGACUCUGACCGAGUGCUGGGACCAUGACCCAGAAGCCCGGCUCACGGCCCAGUGUGUGGCCGAGCGCUUUAGCGAGCUGGAGCACCUGGACAGGCUCUCGGGGAGGAGUGGCUCCGAGGAGAAGAUUCCCGAAGAUGGCUCGUUGGGCACCACCAAAUAG